AAAAUCGCACGGGCAGUCGCAAAGUACGCGUCGCCGACGGUCUAAUUGUCUGAUUCUCUGUUUCGUCCUUCCGCCGCUCCGCCAUUAUAAAUACGAUCGGUCUCAGUGAAAGCCAGGAGGAGAAGUGGCGAGGCACGGUUGGUUUAUCUGCUUUCUGUCGUUCGAGAAGGUUCUCUGAUUUGGUCGAAGUAGGAAAUUUGAGAUCGACAAAAAAGUAGUAAAAUUUUCUGAAAAAGGAAGUUUUAAGGAAUGGAUGAAACGCAUGGACAAACUAAUGAUGAAGAAGUAAAAAAUGCAAAAGAGGAAUUUUAUAUGAAGGUCAAAAGCAAGGAGAAGGAUAUAAAUAUAGAAAAGGAAGAGAAGAUUGAAGUGGAGGUGAAGGCAAAGUCUUUGAAAGAAGAUAGGAAGGAUCCCAAGAUAGAAAAGGAAGAGAAGACGGAAGUGGAGGUGAAGGCAAAGUCUUUGGAAAAAGAUAAGAGCAAGCAUGAUGAAGAGAAGAAAGAGAAAAAGCACAAGGGAAAAAAAGAAAAGGUUGGGCAAGAAGACAAGGAAGGGAAGGAGGAGAGGAAGAAAAAGGAGGAGAAGAAGAAAAGUGAGAAGUUGGAAUGUACAAAGAAUGAGGAUGAUGAAUCAGGGAAAAAAGACGGAGAAAAGAAAAUAAAGGACAAAGAUGCAGAUUUCAAGGAGAGAGAGGAUGAUGGAGGAGAGUCAAAGAAAAAAGAAAAAAAAAUAAAGGGUAAAGAAGGGAAGUACAAGGAAGAAGAUGAUGACGAUAAAGAAAAGGAUGGUAAGAAGGAGAAAAAGCACAAGAAAAAAGAAGAAAAAACUGAUGAACAAGAUGAUGAAGUAGAUGCAAAACAGGAGAAGAAAAAGGAGAAAGAGAAGAAGAAAAGUGAGAAAGGUGAAAAUAUGAAGAAUGAAGAUGAAAGGAAGAAAGAUAAAGAGAGGAAAAAGGAAAAAGAUGGAGAGUCUAAGGUGAAGAAUGAUGAUGAGAGAGAGUCAAAUAAAAAAGAUAAAGAAAUAACGGGUGAAGAAGGGAAGCAUAAAGAUGAUGAUUAUGAUGAAGAGAAGGAAGGAAAGAAGGGUAAAAAGGAGAAAGAGAAGAAGAAAAAAGAAAAAUGUAAAAAUCUAAAGAGCGAAGAUGAUGAAUUAAGAAAAAAACAUAAGGAGAAGAAAAAUGACAAGGAAGAAGAUUCCAAGGCAACCAAGGAUGAAGAAGGAAACUCAAAGAAAAAGAAAAAGAAGGAUAAAGAGGAGAAAUUUAAGGAGGCCGAAGAAGAUGAUGAAAUUGAAGAAAAGGUGCAAAAUGAUAAGAACAAGAAAGAAAAUUUUGACAGUUCAAAGGUACAUAAGAAUGAUGAUGAUACUGAUCCCAAUGAAAAAGAGGGGAAAAAAGAGAAAGGAGAAGCAAAAGAGAAAAACCAAAAGAACUACAUGGUUGAAGAUGAAGGACCGGAAGAAGAUGAAGUUGGGAAAGAGACAUUAUGCAAAGAAAAAUUGAAGAACAAAAAGAGAAAGGACAUUGAAGAAGAUGAGAAGGAUAAUAACAAAACUAUUAGCUCAAGGGAAGUUGACGUUGCAAAAGUGAUAAAUGAUAGGAAAGAAAAAGAUAAUGAAAAGGAAAAGAAAGAGGAUAAAUCCAAAGAGUCAAAGGAUGAAAAAGAAAGUAAAGGAAAGAAGUCAGAGAAAGGUAAGAAGGAUAAGAAUGGGAAGAACAAAGAGAAAACAAAGGAUCUUGGGAAGCUUAAACAGAAGCUAGAAAAGCUUGAUGCAAAGAUGGAAGAACUGCAGACAAAAAAAUCAGACAUCUUGAAGCUGAUCAAAGAAGCUGAAGAAACUCAAGCUCAACUAAUUGUGAAAGAAGAGAAAUUGGCUGAUGUUGCAAGAGCAUGAUGAUGAUUAAAAUAAGAGGGUACAGAACUCACUUAGAAGAACCCUAUGAGGUACACAAGCUUUAAUUCCCAAUACCACAACUAUAGAGAGCUUGAAGACGGAAGGAAGCGAUUGUGAAGAAAGCGAUGCUGGGGUUUGAGGUAUUUAUACUCAACUGUUAACUACAGAGAUUACUUGCUUGAAAUAGGAUCUGGAUAGAAUUAGUUUAUAAUUAUAAGGAUUCUGUUAGUGAUAAUGGCUAAUUUUAAUUAUGUCAACCUUUUUCGAAUGAUUUUCUGGAUAAGAACAGUUUGUCAGAGGAUUAUCUUUUUUUUUUCAAUUUUUAGAAGCAAUAUUAUAGAGGAUAAAUAAAAAUAUGGCUAUUGGAA